AUGGCAUAUGUCAUUAGAAGGAACCUCUUCGUUUUCAGGGCAGGGACAGCUCAUGAGCCAUUAUUCACUUCUUCGUAUAUAGAAGACAACAGUAAAGAAGGUAGGUAGUAAUGUAUUUACAUUCAAAAGAACUAAACCGUAAGUGGCAGUGACAGAGAAUGUAAAUAUUUUCGUAUUGGUAUGUGAGCACGUGAGCCGCUAUGGUAUUAAUUGCGUCUUCUGUUGUGGGGCGUCUAUCAGGUUUGAUAUUUGUACUGCAUUCAUCUCCGCUCUCGAACUUUUCAAGCUUUACGCUAAAUUUUCUCUUGCAUGUAAUUUAGCCUGUUUCACCUCUAACCCUUAGAGGUUGGUGUAGCUGCAUUUGGAUGGGGAGUACGUUCCAAUUUUUCCCAAUGGCCGGGGUUUUUUGGGUUAUCGUAUCAUGCGGCGGCACACAAAAUGUUUAGGCCCGAGAAUUGAUUCAGUUGUAACUAGUUGUUUACUGUUUUCUGUACCUUUGUCGGACAGCAUUAGACACUCGGGCUCCUAGUUCGAGCUGCGCACCCACUCUUGUGUAUGAGACGUGAAUUAAGAUAGGAAACUCUAUUAAGGCCGUAAUAAUAUGUGUCAGGCUUAUUUCUAGUGGAACAGAAGGCCAUAGUAACAACUACUGAAGAGCAAAAUUUAAUGGCGACUUUUAUGGAUGCUGUGAGUACUAUACCAAUUUAUUACAAAGUCCGACGAGUGUUAUCACAAAAUGCGACAGUUAUUACGAAGUGCGGCAGAACACACCUCCGCUAAAACUUUUUUCCUAUAAUCCUCCGAUAACAUUAAAACAACAACAGCAAAAUCGGUAAAGAUAGCAUUUUCUUCUAUUCGUUGAAAUGAGCUUGCAUGGCUUUACCGAUAGCCGCCAAUGCCAAAAGUUAAUCGAGGAUUAAUCGCCUUUCAGUUUGGCUGGUCACAAAUCCUGCUCUGUAUUACCCUCUUCACCAAAGAGAGAUAUCAAAACAAGAAAACGAAGUUUUUCUAUGGAAAGCAAAUAUUUCAGCCGACUCCGAGCAGCUAUUCUUUGAAGGGCACCCAAAGUUUAGAGGAAUCUACGUGAUGGCUGUUAGUAUAAAUCCCACUUUGAUUGCACAACCACAAGGCCGCAAGUUAGGGUCACAUGUGAUGUGCUACGUUUCUCCCAAAGCUGAAACUUUCUAAGAUAUUUUAGGGCGAGGAACCAACGCGGCAGUUGUUGUUCAUUCCCCAGUCAUUGUAUAGAAUCCUUUUAUUCGAACCACAGUACAAAACAGGAAUGCACUUAAUUUUUUUUUUUUUAACGAAUCGCCAUAUGCAUUUGACGAGAUGCUCCUCAAAUGACAUUUGUGUUUCCAGCCGCAGUCUGUCCUGCAUUCUUUUUUUUGCCUUUUGUUAUUAUAGGGUAAAAGUGCAGAGCAAUUAAAGGAAAACUUUACCUGGAAAAAAACAAAACUCGAAAAAUGCAAAGGUGGAAUGUCCCUUAUGGAUUUCGGUACACUUGUGACAGCCGUUUUGGUAUACAUGAAAAACCAUUACCCAACCACACCUGAUGAAUUCAACUUCCAAGCUGAAUUAAAGGCCGCAAGUCAUUGGUAUUGGCACCCAGGGAGUGAAAAAAGCCUGUACGAUAAAGAGGAAAACUUCUUGUUGGAAACUAAGUAUCCAGAACCCGCUCUGGGCCCCCACAAAGAUCUUCGUGUGAAAAUAGCAGCAUUGAAAACCUGCAGUAAAUGGGUCAGUGACCUGGAAGAAAAAAAGAAAUUGUCACCACGUAAAAAAAAUCACAGGAUUGAAGAAGAUGAGGAAUAUUCAUCUGACGAGGAUAGAAAGAACGAAAUUGAUGGUGUGUAGCUUUUACAAUAUAUGCGUUAGUGUAAAGUAAGAACCAAAUGUUUCUGUCCAAUUGCAUUCCGCAGGACCUCAUGAGGAAAUCGUCCGUGGUUGUUACAUCCAUGUAGCAAAAACAAGUAGAAAUUUCAUAUUGCUUUGCCCGCUUAUUUCUCUGUAUUUACCAUUUUUUGACAACCCAAAGUACAAGCUAAUCAUUUUUUCCAUCAAUUUAUAGAUCUCGAGGAAAGCAUUUUUGAUUUGAAGACGUACUUCGGUUUUACAGGU